CACUUGUUGCAAAUUUGCAAUAAUCCAAGGAAAUUAUUUUGAUAGUUCUAAACAACUUGGCAAUCACUUUUAUAAACAAAUCCAUUGUUGUCACGUGGAUAUAUAUAGCCAGCUCAGUUUUUGAGGAGAACUUUUGAUAUUUUCCUGACGAUUGUCAAUUAACAUUAUGGAUACAAGUGAAGUUUCAACUUCAAUUAUCAAAAGUCAUGGCAAGUACUUUUGUAACAAAGAGUCACCUUAUUAUGAUGCAAAAAUUUGUGAGUUGCUGUGUAAUGAUAAUGAUGAACAAUAUGAAAUAAAUAUUAGUAAUAGAGCAUUAACUAUUCUCCCAAGAGAUUUAUUCAGUGGUCUAGAGAAUCUUUAUAAAUAUAAGUUUAAACUGAGAUUAGAUCAUAACCAACUGAACAAUAUUGAGUCUAGCUUCUUUAAUGGUUUACUACAACUUAUGGAACUUGAUCUCAGUCAUAACAAUUUGACAACACUACCAAAAGAUAUAUUUAAUGGUACUGAAUAUCUUCAUAGUCUACGUAUAGAAUCAAACCAACUGAACAAUCUAGAGUCAGGUAUAUUCUAUGGUCUCGAAAGUAUAUGUGAUAUCAAUUUGGAGUCGAACCAACUAACUUACCUUGAGCCGGGUAUUUUUGAUAAUUCACCAAGUCUCAUGAGUCUUAAUAUCAGCAAUAACAAUCUCACAACUUUAACAAAAGAAAUAUUUGGUAAACCACGAGAGUUUUUGUAUCUAGAUUUAAAUUCGAACCAACUACAUAAUCUUGAGCCAGGUUGUUUCAAUGGUUUAUCACGACUUAUGGAAAUUAAUAUUAGCCAAAACAAUCUGACAACUUUAUUGAAGAAUACCUUCAAUGAUUGUAUUGGUCUCAUCAAGUUAGAUAUACAAUUUAAUCAAUUGAAAUAUCUUGAGCCAGGUUGUUUCAAUGGUUUAUCACAACUUGAAGAGCUUAAUAUCAGCAACAACAGUCUGACCACAUUGUCUGAAGGUAUAUUUGAUGGUCUUGAAAAACUUCAUAUAUUAAAUUUAAAUUCAAACAAACUGAAUGAUCUUGAAGCAAGUUGUUUCAAUGGUUUAGACCUUGAUGAGCUUGAUAUAAGCAAUAACGAUUUGGUAACCUUAUCAAGGAAUGUAUUUAAUGGUCUGAAAAAUAUUAGUCACCUAAAUUUACAAUCAAAUAGACUGAAUAAUCUUGAGUCAGCUAAUUUUAAUGGUAUACCAAGACUUCAUAAACUUGAUAUCUCUUAUAAUAAUCUCACAACUUUAGUGAAAGAUACAUUCAAUGGCACACAAAGUCUACAUGAACUGAAAUUAAAUUCGAAUGAACUGGAUAAUCUUGAGUCAGGUUGUUUCAGAAAUUUAUUAAAACUUCAGAUACUUGAUAUCAGUGAAAAUAAUUUGACAACAUUAACAAAAGAUAUAUUCAGUAGUCUACUAUCGCUUCGUCACCUAAAUUUAAAUUCAAAUAAACUACUAAACCUUGAAUCAGGUACUUUUAAUAAUUUAUUAGAACUUGAAGAACUUUCUAUCAGUGAAAACGAACUGAUCUUUUUACCAAAUGAUAUAUUUAGAAGUCUUAAAAGUCUUUUACGUCUACUCUUGGAUUCCAAUCAACUAUUAGAUCUUGCAAAAGAUACUUUUCAUGGUUUAUUAAAACUUGAGGAACUUGAUAUGAGUGCAAAUGAAUUGACAACUUUACCAAACGAUAUUUUUAAAGAUCUACGAAACCUCAAUCACCUGAAUAUGACUUCAAAUAGACUACAAGACCAUGAGUUAGAAAUUUUUAAUGAUUUAUCAAAACUUGAAGAUCUUUAUCUCAGCUAAAACAAAUUGAUUAUUUUACCAAACGAUAUAUUCAAAUGUCUCAAAAACCUCUC